AUGCUCUCCCGUCUCAAAACAAUCCUCACCAGCAGCACCCCAGCCAAACACGCCUCAGUAGCUCUGCUCAUCGCAUCACCUCCCUCACCCGGAAAGCCAAGCAUGGGCCUCGACAUCCUCCACAUAGUGCCCGAGACUGGCACCCGCGAGCCCCCCGGAUGCGGAAUCUACGCAGAAGACGCCUUUCGGCGCUGCAGAGUCGUCGAGACCAAGCGCGAGCAUCUGGGAUCAAUCACCUUCGCCGAAGGCCUCGGCGAUAGCUCCUAUUUCUUCUUCCAGGAGCUCGCCGACACUGCACGCGAGAUGCUGCAGAAAGAGGCAAGCGAAGGGGUGAAAGGCACUUUGAAGCGGGCACCAGUCCCGGUCGACCUGUUGGAGCGAGUCUUGCGCACGGUGGCGAUGGAUGGCAUGUUUGAACGGAAUGCACGAAAGCCGUCUCCAGAAGUGGUGUCUGUGACAUAUCCCAUAUUUGUGGUUCACGUUGAGCGUCCAAGAGCAGGAGAACUCUUCACGAUCAAGGAACGGCAAAGGUUUCUUAGUACCUUUGGCUGA